UCAGAAGCUAAAAGAAAGGAUCGCAGAGGGAAUCUAAAGGCUGGUGGAUUUCCUGGGGGCCUCUACUUGUCACCGAGCUCAGAAACGCCCCGUGCAGCUAGCAUUUCUAACUUUCAGCGUCCUGUUACUGUCAAACGCCUCGCUUUAUUCAACAGAUUGUCUGGCACUGUAGCUGCAGUCAUGUCUCGCAGAAGUUCUCGCCUGGUUUCUGGUGGCUACUAUAAUUCAGAUGAAGAAUCUGACUCAAGCAGCGUGACCAACAUAUCUAUAUCCUACCGUGAAAACCCUGUUAAGGUUUUCAAGAAGAAGGCCGGGACCCGCAAGCCCGCCUCCCGUACCUCCAGCAGAGCCAACAGCAAUACUAGCUCCGCUGCCCCUGACACACCUGUCACUCCAGUCCCAUCUCCAUUAACCAUUGAGAGCCAACCUGUCAUGAGGACCGUACCUUUCACCCCAUCCACAGCCACCCCGCGGCCUGCCCUGACCCCAUCAUCAUCAUCAACCCCGAGGCAGACACCCCCUCCUCAUUGCCACUCAGCAUCUCCAGGAAACAGCUCUCCUGCAGGGCACUGCAGCUCUAGCAGGCCAGGAUUACACUUUAGACCCAGCCAUAAGGAGCUGAGUCAGAGUGGCGUGGACAGCUCAGGGUACUCGUCCUCUGAGGGUACUUACAGGAAGCCCAUGGCGGCCCCCUGCAGCACUGGUAGAGUCAGCAUUAACACUGGGGAUCCCAACACCGGAUACAGAAGCAGAAUCAAAGGUGCCUUCAACAGCCUUGGCGACUCAGCCCUGAUGCUCGGUGCGACAGUAUGUGCAAAAACACAUGACGUGGCAGCGUUAGCUAAUUCUCUAAUCAGCAGUCGCAUGAAGAAGGCUUGUGGUGUGGCUCUCCUCCUCCUCCUCCUCCUCCUCAUCUUACUUUUAUGUCUUUGGUUGUUCCUUCCCUUGCUCACCUCUUUCAUCACCCGCAUGAAUGUCACAAAGAGCCCAUCGCAGACACAGCCUGUUGUCCCUGCUACUCCUCCUCCUGCUCAACCCAACAACAUCUAUUCCAAACCUGUGGUGGAUCCUACCAUUGUGUCUGCUGUAGUAGAUGAAAAGAUGCAACGUCUUCUGGUGGAGCUGCAGAUGAAGCAGGAGCUGCUUCUCUCCCAGAUGAAGGAGAGACUCCAGCUGGAAAUGCGCAAUAUGAAGGCCAAGCUUGAGGCCACAGACUCCAACGGUCAGCAGCAUCUGGAGCAGGAGGUCACAAGGUUGAGCAGGCGGAUGGCAGAUUAUCAGUCAGACAGCAGCACUGCUGCUGCCAGCCUCACCCUCAGAAUCCAAGCUUUAGAGGAUCAGAAUAAUAAGUUGGCCCAGGAGUUGUCAUCCAUCCAGGUGAUGCCUCCUCCAGCCCCCUGCCCUGAUCCUACCAACACACCUAUACACAAUCACCUCACACCUGAGCUCCAACAGGCCAUGGAGAAGUGGCUCACUGACCGCAUCAAGGAGCAGGAUGCAAUCAGGCUCAGCAGCACUGGAAGCUGCGCAGACUGUGGACGUCCCAUGGCUGAUAAAGUGGCUGACUUUGCCCUGGAGACUCAAGGUGCCAGUGUGAUCAGUACCAGGUGCUCAGAGACGUACCGUAUUCGAUCAGCAUGUGUGACCCUGUUUGGUUUCCCUCUUUGGUAUCCAUCUGAAAGCCCACGCACUGUCAUUCAGGGUUACCCAGUGCUGCUUCCAGGGAAAUGCUGGGCAUUUCAUGGUGUCCAGGGAACACUUGUGAUCUCUUUGUCCCACCCCAUACGGAUAACUCAUGUGACACUGGACCACCUGCCACGCUACAACUCUCCCACUGGCCGAAUUGACUCAGCACCCAAAGACUUUGAAGUCUAUGGGAUGGAAAACGACACAGAAGAAGGAACACUGCUGGGGACGUUCACUUACGAUGAGUAUGGAGAGCCAACGCAGACGUUUAAGAUUCCUAAUCCGAGCGACAUGGUUUACAGAGUCGUGGAGCUGAGAGUUCUCAGUAACUGGGGUCACGUCGAGUAUACGUGUCUUUACCGCUUCCGCGUGCACGGAAAGAUCGCCACCACGUGAGGCUUCAGACUCACUCGGAGUGACUUGACGACGCGACGAAGCUUUGCUGGUCUCAGGGCCAAAUGCUACUGAAAAGUGUUUUAGUGUUCACACGCACACCUCUUUGUUUCAGCUGUGUUUUACUGGGGUUUUUCGAACCUCUUAAUAUUAAAGGAUAAAAACGUGUAAGAUCCUUGUUGUGCAGUGCACAUUUGCUUUGAUAAAAGUUCCUGAAAAACAAAAGUCUACAUGGAAGUUUAAGGUUCUGGCAACUUUAUGCUUUCAAUUAUAUGAUUGUGCCACAAGAUCAUUUUAAAGCUUUUCUUAUUACAAACUAUUAUUAUUAACAAUCUUUUUUUCCUACUUUGCAUGUGUACAGCGCUCCAUCCCACCUGAGAGUUCUCUGGUAAAAUAACAUCUCUUUCCGUUUUGUCGCUGGGAAGCCACAGAGGAGUUGAAUGUUCAACACCUUGCUCAGUGGCACAGUGACAAGUAAUAGAAACAGUCUCUUAUUUUAUUUACUUGUCCUGGUUUCUAUAGCUGGUUAUUAGCUUUAUUCAUCUUUCCAUCUUAGACCACAAAAGAAAUGAAGUGACGUUAAUGAAAUCUUGUUUCUAACACACUCUGUUCAUUCAUAGGUAUUUAAAUGAGUCUCAGUAUUUUAUGUUUAUACAAUUAAAACACAAAAAAAUCAAGUUUGCCUAGCACUCAGUCACAUAUGUUGCCUGAUACCUGAACAGGUUGAAAACACUGUUUUGUUUUGUUUUGUUUUGUUUUGUUUUGUUUUGUUUUGUUUUGUUUUGUUUUGUUUUGUUUUGUUUUGUUUUGUUUUGUUUUGUUUUGGGCUUCUUAUUUUUUUUGAUUUGAUGCUGAUGUGACAUCAGCAUCAGGUGGAAAUACACAGAGGGCAGCAGUGAAUGUUUUCUAAUCAGCAGUGCUUGAUGUUCUUAAAGGAAAAUGUAAUUUCAUAUCACUAUGAAAGGUAAAAUAUGCAGCUUGGUAACAUUUCCUUUCAGCAAGUUUUGACACAUCAGUGUGGAUUUUCCUUCUGGUACUUGAAUACUUGAAAAGCUGUUUUUCUAACCUCUUUGACAGACGUCGUGUUGAAGCCAUGACAGCUUUGUUUUUUACUCUGUACAUAAUGCUUACAUUUGUAUGAAAUGUUUAACCAGGAUAGAAAAAAGUGCUAUUUAUGCAUAAAACAGAAAUUCUUUUACAAAUUCUUUUUGCUCCGUCCAUUUUGUAGGACCGGCUCGAAAAUCAUUUUGAAUUAUUGUCAAUUAUUAUGUCAGAUCUUUGGAUUGUGUCAUUCAAAACCCAGAAAACACAAUUUCACACAAUGACAUUGCAGAAUUUUUGUUUUUAUUUGUUGUACAUUUAGACAGAAGAUGAGAGAAAGUAUCAUUUACAGAAUGACGUGAAAUGUUCUUCCUGAUUUCAAGCAGUUCAGAUUUGGAUAACUUAACAAAGGGUCAGGUUUUCAGAAGUAUUAUUAUUAUUUGUGUUUUGUCUAUUUAAUAGAUGCUGAUAUAUACAAGUUGUUAAACAAAGGAGACACAGUGUCAUUAACACAUGUUUUCAAAAAGUAAUGUUAAAAUGAAAUGAAGAUAUAUUUUUGCAUUGAUGGCUGUUUUAUAAAUGAUUGUUUACAUUCCUAAAAAGCUUAAUAACCACUCUCCUGGUGUACUGCGGGCUAUAGAUAAACUGAACAUAAUUGUAGACAAUACAAUACACGCAAUAAUACACGCUAAUGUUGUUAAAUGUGUUUAACAUGUUCACUUACAGUUUUCACUUUAAUCCUUAAAUAGCUUGAUUUUGCAUAACUAAACAUUCCAACAUGUGUCUAAUAGACUCACAUUUGCUGAAGCUUUGUUUAAAAAUGUAAGCAUUGAUGGGAGUCUAGAGCCUACACCUCAGAGUGUAUCAUUCCUCUUAUUUGACCAGUGUUAAGGUUUAGAUUGAUCAAUCAGGUUCAUUUUCUCUAUCCUCAAAUAUUAAAUUGUUUUUUAGGAUCAAGCAAAACAAAACAUUUGUUUUCAAUUUGGAUUUUAGAAAUUUUCUCUCACACGGAGCCCUAAAGUGUUCUGCAGAGUAUUUGACUAAAUUUUUGUCUGUAAGCCAAAUUUGGAUAUUUGAGUUCUAAAAUAAAACAAUGCAAUAUGUCUUUGUUGUUGUAC